CCUCUGACCCCGCCUCCCGGAGCCGGGACUUCCAGACACCGCCCUCACUGUCGACUCAGCCGUCCCGCGACCCCCAGGCCCCUCUCCUUGGCCAUCGGCCAGACGUUUUUGCCUGUGGCUCGCUCUUUGCUUCCGGGGGAUGGCGCUGGGGAAAGGGAAGCGAGAGCGCGAUCCAGCACCCAAACUUAUCUUUUUCAGGUCUGAGAGUCACUGGAACUACCACAACCACCAUGGGGCCCUGGGGAGAGCCAGAGCUCCUGGUGUGGCGCCCAGAGGCAGUGGCUUCAGAGCCUCUGAUGCCUAUGGGGCUAGAGGUGAAGUUGGGGGCCCUGGUGCUGCUGCUGGUGCUCACCCUCCUCUGCAGUCUGGUACCUGUCUGUGUGCUGCGCAGGCCUGGAGCUAACCAUGAAACCUCAGCUUCACGCCAGAAAGCCCUGAGUCUAGUAAGCUGCUUCGCAGGAGGUGUCUUUUUGGCCACCUGUCUCCUGGAUCUGCUGCCUGACUACCUGACUGCCAUAGAUGAGGCACUGGCAGCACUGCAUGUGACGCUCCAAUUUCCCCUGCAAGAGUUCAUCCUGGCCAUGGGCUUCUUCCUAGUCCUGGUGAUGGAACAGAUCACGCUGGCUUACAAGGAGCAGUCGGGGCCACCACUUCGGGAGGAGACAAGGGCUCUGCUGGGAACAGUGAAUGGUGGACCACAGCAUUGGCAUGAUGGGCCAGGGGUCCCACAGGCUAGUGGAGCCCUGGCAGCCCCCUCAGCCCUGCGUGCCUGUGUGCUGGUCUUCUCCCUGGCCCUGCACUCAGUUUUUGAGGGGCUGGCAGUGGGGCUUCAGAGAGACCGGGCUCGGGCCAUGGAACUGUGCCUGGCUUUGCUGCUCCACAAGGGUAUCCUGGCAGUCAGCCUAUCCCUGCGGCUGCUGCAGAGCCACCUACGAGUGCAGGUGGUGGUUGGCUGUGGAAUCCUUUUCUCAUGCAUGACACCUCUGGGCAUUGGACUGGGCGCAGCUCUGGCAGAGUCAGCUGGGCCUCUGCACCAGCUGGCUCAGUCUGUGCUGGAGGGCAUGGCAGCUGGCACCUUCCUCUAUAUCACCUUCCUGGAAAUCCUGCCCCAGGAGCUGGCCACUUCUGAGCAGAGAAUCCUCAAGGUCAUUCUGCUCCUAGCAGGCUUUGCCCUUCUCACUGGUCUUCUCUUUGUCCAAAUCUAGGGGACUUCAAGAGAGGGGCAGAGGAGGUUAACUACCAGGUGCCCUUGUCUUCCCUCCCCUCCCCAGUGUGUAGGGAAUAGGAAGGAAUGGGGACUGGAGGUAUUGAGGUCCAAAGAGUUCUCGUGAGGUAGGGAUGUACCUUUUGGAACUAUGACUAAUGAGAGGGAAAUGGACAGAGAAGAGGCUGGCCCCAGGCCUAAGGAACAAGACAAUGGCCAAGUCACUAGAGACAUGAUCAGGGGAUAUUAGGAUUGGGACAGACCCUGACUGCUAGAUCAGAGGUCACACACUACACAUAGGGGUAAGCUGACACUGGGAAGCCUGGAGGUGGUCACCCAGCUGCUGUGGGAUAAAGGUAGGGAUAGGGCAUAGGUCCAGGAUCAGUGUCCUGUUGGUUCUAGCUCAUUUCAGCACUCUGCAGAUAGAAGUGGACCCGUCCUACUUUCAUAUCUAUCUUCUCUUCCUCCAGUGGACUAGUGCCAAAUAGUCUCUCCCUGCCAGUUUUGAUAUCUUCUCUGGCUUCUCCAGCUUCACUCACUCCUCUAUUUUUAAAGUGCCAAACAAAUCCCUUCCCUCUUUCUUAAAGCACAGUGAUAUGGCACUGGGUCCUACUCAGCACCUCAGUGGAGGAGACCUACUUGCUCUUAACUUUGGUUCCAGAAUCUGGAGUGGGACACAAAUAUUUGCUGGGCUUGACUGGGUGAGGGGAGAGCUGCGGCCACCUACUAGCUGCUGCACCCUAAGGAUACAAACAUGGUCGGUCAUGGUGCCCCAUGCCCAGAUGAUAAACACUGAGCUGCCAAAACUUUUUUUAUACCUGAGGAGCCCAAGGGAGAAUGGUUAUUUUGGGGGAGGGAGGGUUGUUCAUAGGGCCAUAUUCUGUAGAAUCUAUUUUACUAACUGACCUGUUUUGGGACAUGUUACCCAAAUAAAAGAUGUUUCUACA